ACAGAGAAAAAAGAGGGAGUGUGUGCGCAAAGAGCAGGGAGAAAAUUGAAUCUCAAUCUAUGAAUGAAUCGAUGCGGUAUUCUUGACGACGACAAAGAUGAUGCUUGUUAAUGGCUAAUUCAACCUCAAAUGCCACAUUAUUAUUCAUGGAUUUGCCUGACGAUCUGGAAACCGUGAUUCAAGAAAUGCUAAUCGGAAAAAAAGCGAUCCAGUGAUGCGGUCGUGAUUUGAUUUGAGUUUGGAGAGUUUUCGUUGUUUUUUUGUCGUUUUGUUGAUUAAUUUAUCAAGAAAAAGAAGAGGAGAUGAACGGUGGUGAUGGAGGAGAUGUCGCGGCAGCUCCGGCGGGUCCACCACCGCCGCUUGACUGGAAAUUCUCACAGGUGUUUGGUGAACGCACCGCCGGUGAAGAAGUUCAAGAAGUUGAUAUCAUCUCAGCAAUUGAGUUUGAUAGAAGUGGUGAUCACCUUGCGACUGGUGAUCGUGGGGGAAGGGUGGUGUUAUUUGAGAGAACAGAUACAAAGGAGCAUGUUGCAAGUAGAAAGGAAUUAGAGAAGACUGAUUACUCAAUAAGUAAACACCCUGAGUUUCGCUACAAAACUGAGUUCCAGAGCCAUGAACCUGAGUUUGAUUAUUUAAAGAGUUUGGAGAUUGAAGAGAAAAUCAACAAAAUUAGAUGGUGUCAAACUGCCAAUGGUGCCCUCUUUCUUCUGUCUACUAAUGAUAAAACCAUCAAAUUCUGGAAGGUUCAAGAGAAGAAAGUCAAGAAAAUUGCAAACAUGAACAUGAACAUGAACAUAGACCUUUCCAAAGCUGUUGGAAAGACCAAUGCUGCUACUUCAAGUACAUAUAUUGUAAACGGGGGAUCCAAAGAUAAAUCUUCCAUUGACUUCAAAUUUCCUCCAGGUGGCAUCCCAUCACUGCGUCUACCUGUGGUAACUAGUAAUGAAACCAGCCUUGCUGCAAGAUGUAGAAGAGUGUAUGCUCACGCCCAUGACUACCAUAUCAACUCAAUCUCAAAUAACAGUGAUGGGGAAACAUUCAUCUCAGCUGAUGAUCUUCGAAUUAACCUUUGGAAUUUGGAAAUUAGCAAUCAAAGUUUUAACAUAGUUGAUGUCAAGCCUACAAACAUGGAAGAUCUUACUGAGGUGAUUACAUGUGCUGAAUUUCAUCCUACUCAUUGUAGCACACUUGCAUAUAGUAGCUCAAAAGGAUCCAUUCGCCUUGUUGAUUUGCGUCAGUCUGCAUUAUGUGAUAAACAUUCUAAACUAUUCGAGGAACAUGAAGCACCGGGUUCUAGAUCAUUCUUCACUGAAAUAAUAGCUUCUAUUUCUGAUAUAAAGUUUGGAAGGGGUGGGAGAUAUAUACUCAGUCGUGAUUACAUGACUCUUAAGCUAUGGGACAUCAACAUGGACUCUGGUCCAGUUUCAACUUUCCAAGUGCACGAACAUUUAAGACCAAAGCUUUGCGAUUUAUAUGAAAACGAUUCAAUUUUCGAUAAAUUUGAGUGUUGUUUGAGUGGCGACAGCCAGCGAGUGGCAACUGGUUCUUACAGCAAUUUAUUCCGUGUGUUUGGGUGUGGGCCCGGAAGUACUGAAGCAACUACCCUCGAAGCCAGCAAAAACCCAAUGAGGAGACAAGUACAGACGCCUUCAAGGCCUGCCAGAUCUUCUCUAAGCAGCAUAACACGUGCAGUGAGACGAGGAGCAGAGAAUCCAGGGGUGGACGCAAAUGGGAACUCAUUGGACUUCACAACAAAGCUGCUCCACCUGGCAUGGCACCCAACAGAAAACUCAAUCGCGUGUGCUGCUGCAAACAGCUUGUACAUAUCCCAUGCUUCGUAUUCAAAUCUUAGCCAAAAUAACGUUUCGUGGUGCUUCUGCAACAACUCUUAA